AUGAUCGCCAGCGCUUUCGCCGGCAACCCGUCUCUGAUCAACUACGAUAUGUUCGUAGCUGUCUUUGGCAUGCUGUCCUUGUUCUACCUAAUAGCAACUGCCUUCAACGAAUCCUUUACCGGCCACUCCAUCAUUCCGGUUGCGCUCGACUCUCUCAACGUCAUCUUUUUCUUCUGUGCUGCCGUCGCCAUGGCUGCCGAACUCGGUGUCCAUUCCUGCAGCAAUAGCGAUUACACCGAAUCAAAUCAUAUCACAAAUGGCUCUCGCGAUACCGAGGGUCGUUGCCGAGAAGCUCAGGCCUCGACCGCAUUCUUGUGGUUCGCUUGGGCUGCUUGGACCGCCAGUCUCUUCUUCACCUUCCUUGGAGCUCGAGGUGGUGGUGUCAACUUGAGAGGUGGCCUGGGCAGAAGAGGUGCGCCAGCCAUGUCUCAGGUGUAA